GAAAGCGACAAGGUCCCACCUUCCAAACCAAACUACAGAAUAUCUUCUUGCAAAACAACAGUACUCCAAACACCUACCUCACACACAACGCAGAGAUAUUAACAAGGAAAAGAAACUCUUGAAACCUCUCAUCCCUAACUUUUUAGGGUUUUCAAAGUCGGCAACAGAACCAAUUUGCUUUGAUCUUUGCUUUCUGGGUUUACAAUCUUGAUUGCUUCACCAGUUCAUUAAAUCCGAUAAAGAUUUUCCAAUAAUGGGUUACGAUUGCGAUUACUGUCGCGAGGCAAGAUCGAUGGUGUAUUGUCGAUCAGACGAAGCUUACUUAUGUCUAUCGUGUGAUCGGAAUAUUCAUUCCGCAAACGCAUUAUCAAAACGCCAUUCAAGAACACUCAUAUGCGAUAGAUGCAAUUCAGAACCAGCAUUCGUUAGAUGCGUCGAUGAAAAACUCUCACUUUGUCAAAAAUGUAACUUGGAGGGUCACACCGGUUCUAAUUCCGAUUCCGUUAGCCAUUGUCGGCAAACGUUAAAUUGCUACUCCGGCUGCCCAUCGGCGGUUGAACUAUCUUCCAUCUGGUCGUUCAUGUCAGACUCUCCAUCUGUUCUCGGCUCCACUUGUCAACAGGAAAUGGAGUUAAUGUCCAUCGCCGACGACAAAACCGAUCAAGUUUUAUCUUGUUCGAUUGAGCGAGACGAUUUGCAGAAAGGAAUCAACUCAAAUUACAAAAACGAUCCUGAUCCUUGUUCUACAUUCAAGAUUUCAUCUACAAAAGACGCAUUCUAUGAUGAUUUCAACAUGGAUGAAACUGAUUUAAGCAUCGAGAAAUAUGAAGUACUGUUUGGCGAUGGAUACAACGACCCAGAACAUCUAUUCGCAAACGAUGGAAUCGAUAGCUUAUUUGGAACUAAAGAAACCUCAGUCGCUGAAUCCAUGUCUCACAAUUCACAUGCUACAAAGGGAGAUGAUGUUCAUGUUCGACCCACAUGCAGUGCAGCUUCAUUUGAAUCAUUAAGAAGCUGCAAAACAGAACCAAACGUUUGUUAUAAACCACAUUCCACUAUUUCAUUUUCAAGCCUCACUGGAGAAAGCAAUGCAGGUGAUUAUCAAGAUUGUGGGGCUUCAUCUAUGCUUCUCAUGCAUGAGCCACCCUGGUGCACCCUGGCUCACGAUAGCACCACCCCUUCAGGUAUCAGAAACGAUGCGGUUCUUCGUUACAAGGAAAAAAAGAAAACCCGAAAAUUUGAGAAGACAGUGAGGUAUGCUACACGAAAGGCAAGAGCGGAUGUUAGAAAACGUGUGAAAGGGCGUUUUGUGAAAGCUGGUGAUGCGUAUGAUUAUGAUCCCAUGAGUCAAACGAGAAGCUAUUGAGAAUUUGAGACUAUAUAUAUAUAUAUAUAUAUAUAUAUAUAUAUAUAUAUAUAUAUUAUAUAUCUACACAUAUAUAUACACGUUUUUGAUCAUGUAUCUAAGGCCAUGUUUGGAAAAAAAUAAGAUAGCUUAUUGUAAUUUAGUGUUUGGUAAAAGAAUAAAAGUAGUUUAUUGUAGUUUAUAAAGUAGCUUAUAAACUAGCUUAUAAGCUAGUUUGCCAAACGGGGCCUAAGUCUUUCAAGGGAAGAAGAUUGGUUGGACCAAUCGAAGACCGAGGGAAAAAUCAAGAUUUGCCAUGAAAGAUGGGAUCUUGAUUUUUGACAUGAUCUACCAACAAAAAGGAGUAAAUUUCUGAUACCCUUUAAGAAAGGGAUGAGAUGAAGAUGCUUUGUAAUAUUACAUAGUGAUUAUCGAUGUAUUGACAUA